AGAGAAAAGGAAAAGAGAGAGGAAAAAGAGAGAGAGAGGAGAAGAGAGAAGAAAGAGAGAGAAUCAUCAUCAUCAUCAUCAUCAUCAUCAUCAUCAUCAUCAUCAUCAUCACACUCGCCUCCCAAGUGCAAACACAACGAAACCUCUCUUGCGACUCGAGCAGUGACGGCGGUCUCUUAG